AUGCAGCCCAGCUCGGGGCCUGCCGUGCUGGUCACCACCAGGUAAGGCGGCUUGCAGUGCAGGGGCCUCGCUUUGCUCUGCCUGCCUGCCUGCCUCUUGCCGCUUCCCAAAGCGAGGAGGACGCGGGGCGUGGAGAGUUCAGGGGAGCCUUCCUGGCCGAGCUAUCCCCGGGAUCCAGAUGUGCGCCUUGGGCCCGGCGCAGCAGCUGGCAUGGACUGCCUUUCCGCCUCCUGCCGAGCAGGACGAGCCUCUCUGCCUGCGCCUCCUGCCUCUCCAGUAGCGCUUCCUUCCUUCUCCCUCGCGGCUCCCCUUUUCCCAAAGGGUAGCUGGUGCGUCAGGGCGCACGGGGAUCUUUGCGCACCCGGACGCCUGCUUCGGUUACAAGCAAGUCCAGAGCGCGUGGAACUGGCAGCCAGCUCCCUCCAUCUUAGCCUUGGGUGGGUGGAGGGUUAAUUUAUUGUUCGGUGCAUUCGUCCCACCCCCCCUUUUUCUCCAAGGACCUGAAGGGGGCGUGCAUUUUAUUGUUAUUAUUUAUUACAUUUUUAUACCGCCCUUCAUCCAGGGAUCACAGGGCAGUUUGCAAUUGAAAAGCACAGAAUGCAUUACAUAGUAACAAAACAAAAUCAGUACCCCCCCCACUAUGGUUCUCCCCCUCAUUUAAUUCAUUCUUUUCCCCGUUUAUUCAAAUGUUACAAUACUGUUCAUUUUGCCAGUUCUGCACCACCUUCUAUCUUACUUCUCCAUUCUUCUUCGGUGGGAUCCUCCUCAUUUAAUUCUCACAACAACCCUGUGAGGUAGGUUAGGCAGUGAGGCAGCAGCUGGCCCAAGGUCACCCGGUGAGUUUCAUGGCUGAAUGGAGAUUUGUAGAAUUGCAGCGGAGGGGACCCUGAGGGUCAUCUAGUCCAACCCCCUGUAAUGCAGGAGUUGCAACACUGAGUCCCCCAUCCAAACUGACCAGAUCUGAACCUUUUGCCCAACUCUGGAUCAAAAACUGAUGUCAGCGUUGGGAGUCUGUUGGCACUGAAAUGUGGCAUUGAACUCUGAUUGAACUCUGUCUGUGUUUUCAUUUGCAGACCUCUUCAAAACACCCACACAGGGAUCGAUCUGUCCGUUCCAGAGUACCAGGUAAUCCGGGGGAAGAUGAUGUCAGGCCAUGUGGAAUAUAAUAUUGUCGCCGUGACGCAGCUGCCUGCUUUCAAAUCAGCAAAGCACAAGCCAGAAGAUAUAAUUCAGUUUAUGGUAAUCCACUAUGAAACAGUUGUUGCUGUUGAACUGUUGUUAUGUAACAGAGAGAGUGCAUAUGGAUACAUGAGCGACACUGUGAAUCUAGGAUGUUCAUGACUAGAGAUGCGGGUGUAGGAAUGCGGGUGGCACUGUGGUCUAAACCACUGAGCCUCUUUGGUGUGCUGAUCAGAAGGUCAGCGGUUCAAAUCCCCACGAUGGAGUGAGCUCCUGUUGCUCUGUCUCAGCUCCUGCCAACCUAGCGAUUUGAAAGCACACCAGUGCAAGUAGAUAAAUAGGUCCCACUGCGGUGGGAAGGUAAAUCGCAUUUCUGUGUGCUCUGGUUUCCAUCAUGGUGUUCCGUUGUGCCAGAAGCAGUUUAGUCAUGCUGGCCACAUGACUCAGAAAGCUGUCUGUGGACAAAAUGCCAACUCUCUCAGCCUGAAAAGAUGAGAUGAGCGCUGCAACCCCAUAUUCACCUUUGACUGGACUUAACGGUUCAGGGGACCUUUACAUUUUACCAUCAUGGCUAGAGCCUCAUUGGUAGUUUGGGGCCCCUUUCUGAACAAUGUGGGGAGGAAGGGACCCUGGACUUUAAAGGACCUUUGUCUGGUAAUUUCUCCUAGGAUUUAAGGCAGUGAUGGCCAAACUUGGCCCUGCAGCUGUUUUGGGACUACAACUCCCAUCAUCCCUAGCUAGCAGGACCAGUGGUGAGGGAUGAUGGGAAUUGUAGUCCCAAAACAGCUGGAGGGCCAAGUUUGGCCACCACUGAUUUAAGGCAUUAUGUUUCUACAGUGGUAUCUCUAGUUGCAGACACAAUCUAUUCCAGGGUGCCGUUUGCACCCCAAAAAGUCCACAACCAGAGCAGUGCUUCUGCGCAAGUGUGGAGUGCGAUAGAGCGCUUCUGCGCAUGCACAAAGUGUGUAGAACGCUUCUGCACAUGUGCGCGGGGCGAAACCCGGAAGUGUGGUUUGCUGCGUUCACAACCCAAAAAGCCACAACGUGAGGUAAAUGCAACAAGAGGUAUGACUGUAUUUUGAAGGAAAACAUGACAGAUUGUAUCCCCUUUUGCUACAAAAAUUGGUUCUAUUAAAAAAAAAGAGUUGCCUUAAGUAUUCAGUGGAACAAUGUAGCAGCUACUUAUGUUGUAAGCACUCCCUGCAAACAAAUACUCAUAUUGGGAAAUAUCCGAAGCAGAUUGCUUUAAGAAAACGACCAUUUGUGCAGGUUUCUUGUUUCAUGGGGUAGAUCUAUAUCUUGCACCAGUAGACUUUGGAUGUGAAGAAAGCAUUUGAUUUUAGAAGACAAAUUAAGAUGUUUGCCUGUAGCACUGAGGAAACAAAAAGCUUCUUGGCAGUUUAUGUUAAUGGAUAGUUGUAAGCUGGUUCCUACAUGCCCAUCCUUUGAUAACUGUAUUGUCAAACAAUGAUUUGCAUGUGUUAAUGGGCAAUAAUGCUUUGUAUGUAAUUGAAUUACCUUCCCCCACCCCCCAAUUUAUAUUCACCUGUAUAAUUGUUCUCAGUGGAGCCAGUUCACACAUCCAGUCAUUGAGUGUAGUAGAGAUUUCUCAGCCGAAUGUGUGAAAUGGCACCACCACUCAUUCUGUGGCAAGUGUAGACCAUACCAUACCUGAGAUCUAUCAGUCUAAGGCAAAAGUACAGGACACAACUAGGGCUGCUGUGACUUCUAAGCAGGUGUAGGUCUUCUUGGCACUGAGCCUAGUACAGUGGUACCUCGGGUUACAUAUACUUCAGGUUACAGACUCCACUAACCCAGAAAUAGUACCUUGGGUUAAGAACUUUGCUUCAGGAUGAGAACAGAAAUCGUGCUCCGGCGGCACAGCAGCAGCAGGAGGCCCCAUUAGCUAAAGUGGUGCUUCAGAUUAAGAACAGUUUCAGGUUAAGAAUGGGCUUCUGGAACUUAACCCGAGGUACCACUGUAAUUGUUCUCAGUGGAGCCAGUUCACACAUCCAGUCAUUGAGUGUAGUAGAGAUUUCUCAGCCGAAUGUGUGAAAUGGCACCACUCAACCAGCGUUUUCCAUGGAGGUAAUGUGAGAAGGAGGAUUUUGUCAUGACUCAUUCACACACAUGCAAGCCAUCACUUGAUGCCAUCAAGUGAGGAAAAUGCUUGUGAACCAUUCCUUUGCCUCUAAUGGAGUGAUGGGCAAUUUUUCAACCUCCAGAUAUUGUCAGUCUCCAGCUUUCAUCAGUCCCAGCCAAUAUGCCCAGUCACCAGAGAAAAUGGGAAGUGGAGUCUUGCAACGUUCCUAUCUGCUGCAAUGAACAGUGCUUAAGUUUUCUUCAGCUUCAGUUUUUAUGCAGGGCAUGGCGAACCUGUGGUCCUCUGGAAGUUGUUGGACUCCAAGUUCCAUCAUCCCUAGCCAGCAUUGUAAAGCAUGAUGGGAGGUGUAGUCCUAUUGACACCCAGUGCUGGAUUAAACCCUGUGGAGGCCCCUAGGCAGUCAAAAUCUGGCCUUGCAAAUUAUCUCCUAAUACUUGAUUGUAGUCAAUAUUAUUUUGAUCCCUUGUUGCAGGGCCCCUAAAAGGUGUGGGGCCCACAGGGCAGCGCCUACUCUGCCUAUUUGGUAAUCUGGCACUGAUGACACCACAUGUCCCCUAUACUUGCACAAAGCCAUGCGAAUUAAAGCGACUUGGUUCCUUGGUUCCUUGUUAGACACCUCGGCUGCUCUGAUUUCCAUCCCUUUCUCAGGAGAUAAUUAAUUUAAACAUUCCAGUCCCCCACUGGAAUGGCAUUUUCAUCCUGCGAAAUAUUUUUGGGUCACUGUGGCAUGGUCAAAUACCUUAAAUAGUUUAGCCGGUGUAGCUAAUCUUAAUUCUUGAGCUUGUUGCAGGCAGUUGAAAGGGAAAGAAGGUAUUCUUUCUCCACAUGAGUGAGAGAUGUCACAUUCUGUUUUGUUGGUGUUUCCAACCAAAGUAGUUGUGGCAUGAAAACCUACUCAGUUUCACCACGACCUGUUAUAUUACCCAGAGCUAUUUAAAGCUUAUCUGAGCAGCUUCAUCUUGCCAGGCACCAACCUCUGAAGUCUUGUAUAUGUUUGUAAUUAUAUACAACAACACACUUAGUAAGAUUCCUUCUAUUAUUAUUAUUAUUUUCAUUUUAAGCCUAAGCAAUAAGUAAAAGCUGGAAUAUGACCAUAACGAACCUGAGAACUCCUAGGCACUAGGGUAGGGCUCAGGGGCAGGGCUCAUGUUUGGCAUGCAGAAGGUUCUAAGUUCAAUCCCUGGCAUUUCCAGGUAGAGAGAGCCUUGUCUCAAAUCCUAGGGAGGCCCUGACUGGCAUUGUAACCAGUGCUGAGCUAGAGGGAGCAAUGACCUGACUCAGUAGAAGUCCUAUGGGGGAGAUUAAGGUAAAGGUAAAGGGACCCCUGACCGUUAGGUCCAGUCGCGGACGACUCUGGGGUUGCAGCGCUCAUCUCGCUUUAUUGGCCGAGGGAGCCGGCGUACAGCUUCUGGAUCAUGUGGCCAGCAUGACUAAGCCGCUUCUGGUGAACCAGAGCAGCGCACGGAAACGCCAUUUACCUUCCCGCCAGAGCGGUACCUAUUUAUCUACUUGCACUUUGACGUGCUUUUGAACUGCUAGGUUGGCAGGAGCAGGGACCGAGCAACGGGAGCGCACCCCGUCGUGGGGAUUCGAACCUCUGAUCUUCUGAUUGGCAAGUCCUAGGCUCUGUGGUUUAACGCACAGCGCCACCCGUGUCCCUUAUGGGAGAGAUUAGCAGCGUUCAAAAUUUGCCAGGCGCCAGGUGCAUUUGGGCCUCAGACUCCCUAGGCCACCCUGCCUUGUGCAGAAGUGAGACCAUUAGCUCUUGAUGGUUUCAGACCAGGAGACACCCACUUUGCUGCCUAAGUUGCUAAACUUAAUGCAAACUUUCUCCCAGCUAUUAUUCUUCCUAUGUUGUACUUUAGGGUUGAGGACAUAUUUAUAGCACCCUUGAUGCAGUGACAAGCUCUACUGUGACGUAUCUUGUGAACGACUAUUAAUAGGGAGCAUGCACUGUUCUCUGUGUGUACAGGUUUAUUUUUAAGGACGUCAUUUCUGUAGCAAAACUAAGAAAUGUAGAAGAGCCUGAAUCUUUUGAGCGGUAUAUGAUGGGUGGUUCCAGUAGAGGGCACUCAAACACCAUUCAAGAGCAUACUUACCUAGGCCUGGAGGUGACCAGAAAGACAGAGUUCAUUCUGGUGAUGUUAAGAACAGGGGAUGCACUGAGUACUUGUGCUUGGAAUCGUAGAAUCACUGAAUGGUCAAGUUGGAAGGGAUCCCAGGGGUCUUCUAGUCCAGCCCCCCUGCAAUGCAGUAAUCUUUUGCCUAGUGCGAGACUCAAACUCAUAACCCUGAGAUUAAGAGUCUCAUGCUCUACUGAUUGAGGUAUCCAAGCUUGUUCUUAUUUGAAAUCAAUGGAUCUUCUACACCAAUCAAUCUGUUUAUUAUCCAAUGUGAUGGUGAAGGAGUUCUGUUCCAUGAAUUUAUAAGAAUGGGAGCUUCCAGUGUGGCUGUUUAUUGAAAAUAAUAUGUUUGCAUAAAGCUUGCAACACCACCAGUUUAUUAAACAUUCAUCCUGAUACAUUAUCAUGGACAUUAUAUGAAAUUGCCAGGUUCUGGUGAUUAUCUCACACUUUUCCAGUGCAAUUUUCUAUCAUAUUUGUUAUCAGAGUUUUUCCAGUGAGAAAAUCAUUCAAUGUUUGUACUAGGUAGUGCAAGGUAGCACUCAAAGUUUGUGUGAAUAAACUGCCCAUCUAGAUCUGCCCUUUAAGGUUAAAUACAAGCAUAUUUGGAAACUAAAAGUUGGUGUUGGUUCGAACCAGAUUUGCUCCUAAUUGUUUGGUGGUGAGCUUAGGCUACAUCAGGAGUCAGCAAACUUUUUCAGCGGGCGGCAGUCCACUGUCCCUCAGACCUUGUGGGGGGCCGGACUAUAUAUAUAUAUUUUGGGGGAUGAACAAAUUCCUAUGCCCCACAAAUAACCCAGAGAUGCAUUUUAAAUAAAAGGACACAUUCUACUCAUGUAAAAACACACUGAUUCUUGGACCGUCCACGGGCUGGCUUUAGAAGGCGAUUGGGCCGGAUCCGGCCCCCAGGCCUUAGUUUGCCUACCCAUGGUCUACAUCCUAAAAUACAAAAUGAGAUUUAUGGAUCUGUGUUCCCAUUCAGAUUUUGUUUGUUUCAGUGUUACUAUGGUUUUCUUCUCGGUCUUUAAAAUUAUAGAGUUGGAAGGAGCUUUGAAUCUGCAAUAAAGCAUUCCUGACAGUUGGCCACCCAUGCUCUGAAUAGGUAUCACUCAUUUAUCACUUAUUAAGUAUCUUGCUCGGAAUAUUGCUGAUUAGUUCUGUCAGCCAAGAAAUAGCCCUGUCCUUAAAUCAGCGUGUGAACAGAUUGUCAAAGUGGUCAAUGCAAAUCCACAGAAGCUUUUUGCUCCUUGUACAGAUAAUCCCUUGUAAGCAUUUCUGGGGCCACAAACAAAGACACUUCUGUAAACAAGGCAGAAACUGUGUUCAGAAGCUCCCAUAUAGCAGCCACCAGCGGAAGAAUGGGCUCUUCAUGGUAACCGUUUCCUUCCUAAGUUUAUAAAAUUUGCAAGCAUUCAUUUCAUUUCAUUUCUUCGAUUUUCAUUUAUUUAUUUAUACUUUUCAAGUUUGUGUGCUGUGACAAGCUUCUCCACUGUGAGAGCCAGUGUGGUGUAGUGGUUAAGAGUGGUGGACUCGUAAUCUGGGGAACCGGGUUUGAUUCCCGCUCCUCCACAUGCAGCUGCUGGGUGACCUUGGGCCAGUUACACUUCUCUGAAGUCUCUCAGCCUCACUCACCUCGCAGAGUGUUUGUUGUGGGGGAGGAAGGGAAAGGAGAAUGUUAGCCGCUUUGAGACUCCUGAAGGGGAGUGAAAGGCGGGAUAUCAAAUCCAAACUCCUCUUCUUCUUCUUCUUCCAUAUUUGUCAUUUAACAACAAAGACAAAUUCUGCCUAUUCUGCUUACAGGUCUCAAAGAAGUACAGUGAGAUUGAGGAGUUUUAUCAGAAGCUGGCUACACGUUACCCACAAUCCUCUCUGCCACCGCUGCCAAGGAAAGUGCUGUUUGUUGGGGAGUUUGACAUCCGGGAACGGAGAGCUGCGUUCAAUGAGAUCAUGAGAUCCAUUUCCAAAGACACAGAUCUAGCAACAAGUCCCGAGUUAAUGGAAUUCCUAGGUAACUCCCAAGCAUGUUUCUGUAAUGGUAACAUGUCAUUUAUUCAAUAUCCAGUGACCCUUUAAGCUUUUGAAUACCAGAGAAAUUUCACAAAAUCAGCUGCAUUUCCUAUCAAUUUUCAAGACACUUUUCCCCCUUAAGGUAUUAAAUUCUCAUGGCUAAGCACCUCUGCAAACCUGCUAGAUUUGCUUUCCUACAAACCCUGUGCUCAGAUUGGUCUUGAAUUUCAUAAAUACUCCAUUGCCUCGUUGUGAGAUUUGGUUGUAAAAGCACCCCGUGACCUAGACAUGUUAAUGUGAUUUAAGAAGAAAAAAAUCACACCUUUGUUAUUAAUAUGAGAAACUGUCUAGGCAACAUGGGCUGUGUAAUUUUCUUUUUUUAAAAAGGCCAGAAUUCGAUUUUUUUUAAUAAGAUAUUUAUUAAAGUUUCAGAAAUAAAAAAAGAAGUUACAAUAGUAAUAAUAAGAAAAAGGGGGGGGGGAGAAGAAAGAAUGAAAAAAGAAAAAAGAGAGUACAAAAUACGAAAAAAGUAAAAACAAUUAAAAACAAAUCAAUCUUUCCAUAUCUUGUCUUUCAUUCACUUGUUUCCCUGACCUCCUCACACCUCCCCUUUUUUGUAUUCCAGUUCAGUAAGUUAAUUCAGCAAAUCCUUUCCCUCUUUGUUUUUAUCUUAAACCUUUGUCUUAAUAUGUAAUAACUGUAUAUUCUCAUCUGUUAACAGUCCAUUUUUACAUACUCCUUAUAACAUUGCUGCUAAAAACCCCUUAGCUUCAUUCCAACAUCAUUCUAACAUUCAUUAAUUUUACAGUAUUUCUGUAGAUAGUCUUUAAAUUUCUUCCAAUCUUCUUCCACCGACUCUUCUCCCUGGUCUCGGAUUCUGCCAGUCAUUUCCGCCAGUUCCAUAUAGUCCAUCACCUUCAUCUGCCAUUCUUCCAGGGUGGGUAGAUCUUGUGUCUUCCAGUACUUUGCAAUAAGAAUUCUUGCUGCUGUUGUGGCAUACAUAAAGAAAAUUCUAUCCUUCUUUGGCACCAAUUGGCCGACAAUGCCCAGGAGAAAGGCCUCUGGUUUCUUCAGGAAGGUAUAUUUAAAUACCUUUUUCAUUUCAUUAUAGAUCAUCUCCCAGAAAGCCUUAAUCCUUGGGCACGUCCACCAAAGGUGAAAGAAUGUACCUUCAGUUUCUUUGCAUUUCCAACAUUUAUUAUCGGGCAAAUGAUAAAUUUUUGCAAGCUUGACUGGGGUCAUGUACCACCUGUAUAUCAUUUUCAUAAUAUUCUCUCUUAAGGCAUUACAUGCCAUGAACUUCAUACCUGUGGUCCAUAACUGUUCCCAGUCAGCCAUCAUAAUGUUACGUCCAACAUCUUGUGCCCAUUUAAUCAUAACAGAUUUCACUGUUUCAUCUUGAGUAUUCCAUUUCAACAGCAAGUUAUACAUUCUUGACAAAUUCUUAACUUUAGCAUCUAACAGUUCUGUUUCCAGUUUUGAUUUUUCCACCUGGAAGCCAAUUUUCUUGUCCAAAUUGUAUGCCUUCAUUAUUUGAUAAUAGUGAAGCCAAUCUCGCACUUUGUUUUUUAAUUUUUCAAAGCUCUGCAAUUUCAAUUUAUCUCCCUCUUGUUCCAGAAUUUCCCAAUAUUUCGGCCAUUUGGCCUCCAUAUUGAGCUUUUUCAGAGCCUUCGCUUCCAUCGGUGACAGCCACCUUGGAGUUUUAUUUUCAAGUAGAUCCUUAUAUCUUGUCCAGACAUUAAACAAUGCUUUCCUGACAAUAUGGUUUUUAAAUGCUUUAUGUGCUUUGACCUUAUCAUACCACAAAUAUGCAUGCCACCCAAAUACAUUGUUAAAACCUUCUAAAUCCAAAAUGUCUGUGUUUUCAAGAAGCAGCCAUUCUCUCAGCCAACAAAAUGCGGCUGAUUCAUAGUAAAGUUUAAGGUCUGGCAGGGCAAAUCCACCUCUUUCUUUUGCAUCCGUUAGUAUUUUGAAUUUUAUUCUGGGCUUCUUGCCCUGCCAGACAAAUCUGGAAAUAUCUCUCUGCCACUUCUUGAAAUAGUCCAUUUUGUCCAAAAUCUGCAGCGUUUGGAACAAAAACAACACUCUUGGCAAUACAUUCAUCUUUAUCACAGCGAUACGGCCUAGCAGUGAAAGCUUCAAAUUUGACCAUAUUUCUAAGUCUUUUUCACUUCAGUCCAACAUUUUUCAUAGUUAUCCUUAAAUAGAUUCACAUUUUUGGCAGUCAUGUUAACCCCCAAAUAUUUCACUUUCUUAACCAGUGUUAAUCCUGUCUCCUUCUGAAACCUCUCUAAAAGGCCAGAAUUCUACACUAAGGUAACCCAAGUGUUCCAGUAAGAGUUUGCAGCCUUAAUUUUGUGUGUGUGUAUUUUCUUGUUUUAUAUAAUUUAUUCAAUACAGCUUGCUCACUAUACGGAGGGCAGAGAGCGAUGUAAAGUGUAAAAUCCCUGUCUGAAUCACUCAGGAUCUUUCCACUGAGAUUUCUCUAGGCGUUAUCCACACAAUGAGAUAGAUGCCAGAUUUAUUUUUUAUAUAACCCCCUGGCAUUUUCAAAACACUGAGUUCUUCAUGGAAUGCAGCCACUAUGUUUGCACCAGAUGAUAGCAGAAUUGCAGGAUGCGCACUGCCAUUGUUGUAGUGAUGUUGCCAGUGGUGGACCUGCACAGCUGCUCAUUAUAUGUAUGCAUGGCUUAAAAUUGGGUGGCUGACCUCUGGCCCUUAGGAUGUGGAGGAACUCCAACUCCCACCAGCCCUAGUCAGCAUGCCAAGUGUGGGCAGGUGGGAAGGGAGUUGUUGUGGAGAGUUACAAGUUCAUCACUCCCACUUCAAAUGCACUGUGGGAAGACUAGGCGCCUGGUUACUUUUGAGAGUAGCAGAAACUAAAGCUUCUGUUUGGGGUUGAAACUGGGUGGCAGGCAACCAUCUGCAUGUUGUUGUUGUUGUUUAGUUGUUUAGUCAUGUCCGACUCUUCGUGACCCCAUGGACCAGAGCACGCCAGGCACUCCUGUCUUCCACUGUCUCCCACAGUUUGGUCAAACUCAUGUUUGUAGCUCGAGAACACUGUCCAACCAUCUCGUCCUCUGUCGUCCCCUCCUCCUUGUGCUCUCAAUCUUUCCCAACAUCAGGGUCUUUUCCAGGGAGUCUUCUCUUCUCAUGAGGUGGCCAAAGUAUUGGAGCCUCAGCUUCAGGAUCUGUCCUUCCAGUGAGCACUCAGGGCUGAUUUCCUUCAGAAUGGAUAUGUUUAAUCUUCUUGCAGUCCAUGGGACUCUCAAGAGUCUCCUCCAGCACCAUAAUUCAAAAGCAUCAAUUCUUCGGCGAUCAGCCUUCUUUAUGGUCCAGCUCUCACUUAUAAUAAUAAUAAUAAUAAUAAUAAUAAUAAUAAUAAUAAUAAUAAUUUAUUAUUUAUACCCCGCCCAUCUGGCUGGGCCACCCCAGCCACUCUGGGCAGCUUCCAAAAGAAUAUUAAAAUACUGUGAUACAUCAAACAUUAAAAGCAUCCCUAAACAGGGCUGCCAUACAUCACUACUGGGAAAACCAUGGCUUUAACUAUACGGACCUUUGUUGGCAAGGUGACCAUCUGCAUAGCAGCCUCCAAAACACUGCUGGUCUGGGGCUCUAACGUCUUCAUGCAUUGGAGCGGGGUGGACUAGAUGACUCUCAUGGUCCCUUCCAACUCUAAAAUUCUAUCUGAAUUACAGGAAAGCAUUCAUUUCUUUCAACAAUUUAUGACACUGCCAUUAGUGUGUAUAAAGGUAAAAAGGUAAAGGACCCCUGGACAGUUAAGUCCAGUCAAAGGCGACAAUGUGGUUGUGGCGCUCAUCUCGCUUUCAGGCUGAGGGAGCUGGCGUUUGUCUACAGACAGCUUUCUGGGUCAUGUGGCCAGCAUGACUAAACCGCUUCUGGCACAAUGGAACACCAUGACGGAAACCAGAGCGCACGGAAACGCCGUUUAUCUUCCCGCCACAGCAGUACCUAUUUAUCUAUUCGCACUGGUGUGCUUUCGAACUGCUAGGUUGGCAGGAGCUGAAACAGAGCAACAGGAGCUCACUCUGUUGCGGGGAUUCGAACCACCAACCUUCUGAUCAGCAAGCCCAAGAGGCUCAGUGGUUUAGACCACAGCGCCACCCGCAUCCCAUUGGUGUAUAUACAUGGCAUAGGAGCCAACUCCUAGGGGCUGAGGUCUCUUUGCCCCCCCUAAAACAUUUGAGGGGACUGGGGCCCCAAAGUUGAUGGAUAUUGCCAUUAAAAUGAUGUGGGUGUGCCCUGUCAUGUGAUUGAUUGUGUGGGGUGGGGCUUACUUGUUCUCCCUCCCCCCGGAUAUUUUAUUAAAGAUGGCGCCAUGAUGCAAGGUUACAAAAAUGAAGCCUAUCUCGUUUUCCUGAGAUCUCCAGGUGGUUUAUUGCAAUGUGUCCAUGGCACUCUUUGAAAUCCCACAUCAGAGUGGCUAAAAAUGACAGGCAACUAACAACUGAGCCAGACAAACUCUAUGAUGCUCAAAUGUACUGUUUUGAGGCCCUGUAAUCGGGAAAUUUUAAAAUGUCUGGAAACCCAGCCAGAUGGGCGGGGUAAUAAUAAUAAUAAUAAUAAUAAUUCCAUAUACAGUGCUGUCAGUGAGGUCUGCCUGGCACCUUCCCCCACCUGCCUUUAGUAGACUGAGAUGCUGUUAUGUUUUCUAAUGUGCUGCCAAGAUUCCUGCAGCUGCUAUGAGGGUUGUUUUGUUCUAUUUUUGUUGUAUAAGUAUUUAUAUUCAUGUUUUAAAUGUGUUGUAAGUCACUUGGAGGCCUUUGGCCAACAAGUGGCUAACAAGUCUAAUUAAUGAUGAUGCUGAUGAUGAAAUAGUUCUCCAUUUUGUUUGCCAAACAGUCAGAAGUUGGUGACGUUGGCACGGGACCAGAAUACCCUCUCUUGAAGCCUCUGCAUUCAGUUUUCCAUGUUGUGCUUCUACAGGAACCAGAUCCACCAGCGCCACGGACAUCAAAAGUAAAAACCUCCCUGAUGCGGAAGACAAGGACGACGAAAACGAAGCCUUUGAUUUCUUCAAAGAGGAAAGGACGCCUGACCCCCUUCCCUGUUCAAAUCCUCGGAAGAGCAGGGUGUUAAAGAGAGAAAAGAAAAAGAGGAAGAGGAAGAGGAGGACGGGGAUGACGAUGGAGACCCACUUGGUGUUAUCAAGUAUGACUUCUUAAUUUUACCGUGCUCCUUAUGCAAAAUGUCCAUCAUUAAUUCAAACUUAAUCUGUUCUGCCAUACUGUCCUAGUGUGUACUUCUGAGCUGUAGUAGCUGUGUUGGUGCCCAAUAAAAAAGAAGGGCUUGAGAAAGGAGAGAGAAACAACUCAAUUGUAUUGGGAAGAUCUCCAUUUACAGCAUUUCCAAUUCAGGUGCUGUCAGGGAGCCUCCGAAGAUCUUGCAAAGCAGUUCUUCCUCUGGUGAGGAGGGAAGCCCCGCCUCCAGUGGGGAAGGGGCGCAGAGAUCAGAAGAUGCUAGGGAGAGCCGCAACACCGAGCCUGAGCAAAGCGGAGGGGAGGCAAGUCCCCCUUUGCCAGCGCCCACUUUGUGCAGUAGGUUUGCGUGCAGAGAGGGGAGGAGAAGGGUGGGGGUCACACGACUGUUAUGCUGGGGAAGGUAUGAGGACCGCCCACUCCCAGAUUCGGCUGGCGACUGAGCAGACAUGGACUUGCAACACUCCGCACUGUAAAAUAGUUUGUACAGAUAAUAAAGCCUGGAAAAGACAGGUUGGGGUCUUGCCUGUUUGCUCUCGAGCAACUACGCCAGCACCUGACAGGUGCCUAAAGAUAUUUGCUUGUCUUCAGUGCUGGUAGCAAUCAAAGAAGGCACCUAGAUCAUCUAGGAAUCUUUUGCGCAAUGUGGGGCUCAGACCCAAGGAUGGAGCUAUCAGGAGCUCUUGAUUAAUCCUCUGGAUUCUCUAGAAGCGUGAUCUUCAUAACUAGGGCAAAUCCCAGCCAAUGUUAAGCAUGUGUAAAUAGCACUUUGAAGUUUUAAACUUUGGGCUAUAGUGUGUCUUCACUUCUUUCGCUUUCCUUUGUUUUUUCUGCACAUCCCUGACAAAAAGUAUUCAGUUAAUUCCAAAAUCUGCACCCAUCCAUGUUGGCCCAAAACGAAGGCAUUUCCUCAUGUGUUCCACUGCAAAAUGGAAAAUACAAGGAAGGAAGAAGGAAUGCUUUUUAUUUUUGGCAACUCAGAAUAAGAACAAAAUGUUACUUGGUAAUUAAGAAUUGCUAUGGGACCCCCCUGUUUUUUGCUUAAGGUAUAUAGCCAUACUGCAAUGAUUUUACGAUUCCUAAAAGAUUCCUGAGUGGUUAUCAUUUUCUGUCUAGUCAUUAUGCACUCUAAGCAUUUUCAUUUAACAACUUCUAUAUUGCUCAAAACUGAAACUGUCCCUCUGGAUAUCUGAAAUUCCAGAACGCCUGGAUUUAAAACACACUCACACACGCCACAAGCUGGAUUGCUAUUUUUGCUGAGAACCUUGAUAAAGCAUUGUUUUUCCGUGAAAUGGUCAUUGGCUGCAGGCAUAUACAAAAGAGAGUGUCCUUAUUUGGAUAGGAAAAAGGUCUUUCUGAACUGGGCAUUAUGUUUUCCUGGAUAUUCUGCUGAAAUGAAAGGUAUGUAGUUAAAAUAAUAAUAUCCCAAUGUCCAAAGAAACAGAAAACCUGCUUUUUGGGCUCUGGCCGAUCGGUUUUCUUAAAAGCCUUUUGUUCAGGGUUCAGAGGACCAUAGAAAAGCUUCUAACUGAGAGAGGGAAGCACAGUGUCAUCAGAAUUGUGAUGGCAUCUUGCCCUGUAUUUUCUAAUGACCUCUCCCAACUGCUCCAUGUAGAUGUUAAACAGCACUGGGUGUAUAAUCAUAGCGAUACCCUAUAGCAGUACCCCACAGACAGGGGUCCAAAGUGCACUCUUCCAACAUGAUUCUCUGCAUGCAACCCCAUAUGUGAGAACAGAACUGCUAUGCACCUGAUACUCAUCUCAAAGAGCCUGUCCAGGAGGAUGGAGUGGUCAAUGGUAUAAAGAUCUGCAGAGAAAUCAAGGAGGAACAGAAUCGUCUUCUGCUUGUCCUCUUCUUAGUCAUCCAUCGGGGUGACCAAGGCUGAUUCAGUCCCAUCACCAGGCCCAAACUCAGAUUUAAUUUGGGCUAGAUCAUAGAAUCAUAGAAUCAUAGAGUUGGAAGAGACCACAAGGGCCAUCGAGUCCAACCCCCUGCCAAGCAGGAAACACCAUCAGAGCACUCCUGACAUAUGGUUGUCAAGCCUCUGGUAAAGACCUCCAAAGAAGGAGACUCCACCACACUCCUUGGCAGCAAAUUCCACUGUCGAACAGCUCUUACUGUCAGGAAGUUCUUCCUAAUGUUUAGGUGGAAUCUUCUUUCUUGUAGUUUGGAUCCAUUGCUCCGUGUCCGCUUCUCUGGAGCAGCAGAAAACAACCUUUCUCCCUCCUCUAUGUGACACCCAUUUAUAUAUUUGAACAUGGCUAUCAUAUCACCCCUUAACCUCCUCUUCUCCAGGCUAAACAUGCCCAGCUCCCUUAGCCGUUCCUCAUAAGGCAUUGUUUCCAGGCCUUUGACCAUUUUGGUUGCCCUCCUCUGGACACGUUCCAGUUUGUCAGUGUCCUUCUUGAACUGUGGUGCCCAGAACUGGACACAGUACUCCAGGUGAGGUCUGACCAGAGCAGAAUACAGUGGCACUAUUACUUCCCUUGAUCUAGAUGCUAUGCUCCUAUUGAUGCAGCCCAGAAUUGCAUUCGCUUUUUUAGCUGCCGCGUCACACUGUUGGCUCAUGUCAAGUUUGUGGUCAACCAAGACUCCUAGAUCCUUUUCAUAUGUACUGCUUAGAUGAUUCAUAUCAUCCAAGAAUAUGUAUAGUUGGCCUUCCAUGACCCUUGUCACUACCUUCCCUGAAAAGGAGAUAUUUGUGACUGGUCGGUAGAUAGUCUAAGCCAAUUAAUCAUCUAGUCCAACUCCCUGCAAUACAGGAAUCUCAGCUAAAGCAUCCGUGACAGAUGCUCAUCCAACCUCUGCUUGAAAACUUCCAAUGAAGCAGAGUCCACAACCUCCCGUUCCACUGUCAAACAGCUCUGUCAGAAAAUUAUUCCUGAUGUUUAGUCGGAAUCUCCUUUCUUGUAACUUGAAGCCAUUGGUUUGAGUCUUACCCUCCAGAGAGGAGAAAACAAGCUUGUUCCAUCUUCCAUGUGACAGUCCUUGAGCUAUUUGAAGCUGGCUCUCAUAUCUCUUCUCAGUCUCCUCUCUUCCAGGCUAAACAUACCCUAAACAAAGUGGGCUUAAUGUGUUGGACCCAAUGGCCAUAUGAGAGAACCCCAAUAUUGCCAUGGGGGCCAUGGUUCUAACUAUGGAAAGGCAGCAUACAAAUACAGUGGUACCUCGGGUUACAGACGCUUCAGGUUACAGACUCCGCUAAUCCAGAAAUAGUACCUCGGGUUAAGAACUUUGUUUCAGGAUGAGAACAUAAAUCGCAUGGCGGUGGCACGGUGGCAGUGGGAGGCCCCAUUAGCUAAAGUGGUACCUCAGGUUAAGAACAGUUUCAGGUUAAGAACGGACCUCCAGAUGGAAUUAAGUUCUUAACCAGAGGUACCACUGUAAAACGAUGUAGGUAAAGGUAAAGGUACCCCUGACCAUUAGGUCCAGUCGUGGCCGACUCUGGAGUUGCAGCGCCCAUCUCGCUUUAUUGGCCAAGGGAGCCGGCGUGCAGCUUCUGGGUCAUGUGGCCAGCAUGACUAAGCCGCUUCUGGCGAACCAGAGCAGUGCACGGAAACGCCGUUUACCUUCCCGCCAGAGUGGUACCUAUUUAUCUACUUGCACUUUGAUGUGCUUUUGAACUGCUAGGUUGGCAGGAGCUGGGACCGAGCAAUGGGAGCUCACGCCGUCAAGGGGAUUCGAACCGCCGACCUUCUGAUCAGCAAGCCCUAGGCUCAGUGGUUUAGACCACAGCGCCACCCGCGUCCCUAUAGUAAAACGAUGUAUGUAUCUACUAAUUUGCUUUUGAUGUGGACCUGAAUUACUUGACUUCCAGUCCUGCCCUCCUAGUUGCAAGCAUGGGUGGUCACCCUCUUAACUGAUUUUUGUCAAUGAGUAGGCUGCCUCAAAACAGGUGAGGGAGCAGGGCCUGUAAAUGGUUUAAAUAAAUAAAUGAACUCACUUAGCCUGGAUUGCACCCUCCAUAAUGACAAGAAAACUUAUCUCCGUCCUGAGGCACAGUGCGAAGCAUGCAACUUGUAUGGCCACCUGUUCAGAAGGGUUCCACAUCUUCAAGGAUACACAGCUGCAAAGCCUCUGGGUCCCCCCGCUUUUGACAAUCGCUGGCUUACAGGCCGAAGCCUUCAGGCGUGCUCGGCCAUUGAGCGAGUGCCAAGUGAUGCAAGUUUUGCAAGUGCUUUGAAUCCCAGCUGCUUGUCAGAUUUUUAGACAACUUUUGUCAACCCUGUGACGCACCCUUUUGUGUCAGAGUCACUUCCUGACUUCCUUGCUCCUCCAAAUGUGUUGGCAGAGCAGUGUACUUUGAUCUGGCAGCCGUUGAACUAGGUACUUUGUUUUCUGUUGUGCAAAUCCCCUUAGUUUAAUACAAAAGAGACAUAUGAGUGGGGGGUUCGUUCUCCAGUAUAAUUUAAAUGUGCAGUUUAAGACUCUUCUCAGAUGCGAGGUAAGGUAGUUGUUAAAUAGUUGUACAAAGUCCUCCCCACUUAAUGAGUGUGGUUCUAUUUUCGUAAAUGGCUGAACAGCCUGUCCAAUCCUCACCCGUGCUGAAGGCUGUAUCUACCUUGCCUUUGCUAUAAUGACAUCGUCCUGGCACUCAGCCACAUUCAUCAAAAAACGACAUUUUGAAUGCGUUAUAAGCCUGCAACACCAGAUGGCUCCAGAGAGCAAAAAGUUCUGUGCGAUUUUUUUCAUAGCGUUUUGUUGUUGUUAUAACCAUUUAAUUUCUGACUUAUUUAUAGUGCUUUUUCUUCCUGUGUGUGCAUCUACCCCAGGACUGCCACACCAUCUGCUUAUGUAGAGUAGGGCAGCAGUAAUGCUCGCUGGUCGCUUCAGGUCCACAGCUGUCUUUGCAUCCCCUUUGCCUCCCCUUCUCUUCAUAGUAUAUUUAGCAACAAUCACACAUUUUGUAGCUUGGCAGCUGUGGGAAACCAGAUGACAUGAUGGUGAUGUGAGGGCUAGAUAAAGCCUGAGCUAAUGUCCUUGCAAGCAGCUUGGGAAAGUUUUGCACUGGGUGGAAAAAAACGGAAUCGCCAAGGCCUGUGCUGCUGUUCUGAAAAUACAGAGAAUCCCUGUAAAGCCUGUUUUCCACAAACAGCUGCUGAGGAGACAAAGCUGUACUACAGAACUGAACUGAAUUGUAGCAUUGGAAGGGAACCCUCUGCAGUGCAGGAAUCCUGCCCACAGCUGUGUGGGAAUGUAAAGGAUUGUAGGAGAGGAUAUCAUCCUUCCUUCACUCACACUAGUGAGUCACGUAGCAGAAAGCUAGUUUGCAGAUUUGUUUGAAUCUCUUUAGUUAAGCAAUCCACUCUGGCUUGCCCAGAUUGGAUUAUUCCUGUUAAGUCCCCGUUGAUCUCUUUUAAAAGAAUGAAGACACAAGAGUCUUUCCUCAAAAAUAACAAGAAGUUUACUCACGUUCAGUUCACAGUAUGAUCCCUGAAGGCAGGCUUUAGUUAGUACAGUGGUACCUCGGGUUACAUAUGCUUCAGGUUACAGACUCGGCUAACCCAGAAAUAUUACCUCUGGUUAAGAAUUUUGCUUCAGGGUGAGAACAGAAAUUGUGCUCCGGCGGCACGGCAGCAGCGGGAGGUCCCAUUAGCUAAAGUGGUGCUUCAGGCUAAGAACAGCUUCAGGUUAAGAACAGACCUCUGGAACGAAUUAAGUACUUAACUCGAGGUACCACUGUAGUUACAGAAGAAAGUGGGAGUUCAUCCCAUAUGGGGAUAGAGCCCAUGUGCUGCUGGCUGAGAGCCAGCAGAUAGCAAAAUACGUUAAGAGAAGAAAAUGGCAUCAAGAGUAAAUGGCAGCAUGGCUUGGCUCUUUUAUGGAGUCAGCCAGGGUCAUGCCCAUCUGCUUGGUCACAUGCAGGGGGAGGAUGUUCCAGACCAGUGAAAUAGGAAGUUAUAUUGGCUGGAGUAACAACCCCUGUCUGUGUCCACUCUAGGGAACCAAGGAAUGUUGUAUUUGACUGCUCCAAAGGAUUACAUCCCACAAGCUGUCCCUAGGUGAGCUUGGACCAUCAGCCUUCUGGUUAACAGCCAGACACACUUACCUGUGUGGACAUUUCAGGCUCAAGGUGAGCUACAGGGCUCACGUUGUGAAAUACUCCCUUACGUAAAAUCGGUUCCUACAUGUGAAAUGCUAGUCUUGUAAGGGAAAAGGUGAGGCUUUAAUCCUACCGAAAGCGUAGGGUUUUCUUUAAAGCAGAGAUAUUGUGUUUAAAUGGGAGAGAGUCCCAUGCAAAAUAAUGGAAAGAUGAGCUCAAAUUGAACAAAAGAGAACUGGUUUGACAUUUGUGGGAGCUGAUGGCAAUAGUCAUAUUAACAAUAACUCUAAAGAAAAAUGGAAAUGGUAAAUAAAGACUGGGUGAAGGGUUGUCUGUUGCACUAUUUGAAAAAAAGAGAGAACUUAAGUUUUAUUAUAAGCAAAGAUAACAAAAUAUAUUCUGUGUGUUCUUCUGUAUGUUCAUUAUAUCCUAUUUAUGCGCAUCACACAAGUAGUACGUAGUAUCGCUUUUAUAUGACAUAUUAGAUAUUUAGAAGAAUGAACAGAUGGAAAAUAGGGAUAUAUUUGAAAUUCAUUUUAAAAAAACAAACCAUGGGGAUGAAAUGGGGGAGCGUUGGCAGUUGGAAAUUGAAGAGCCCAGAUACGGGUUUGGUAGCUAAUCUGUAGUUUAUGUGGAACGGGAUAGCAGUCUUUAAAAAAAGCUAAGAAGGUUUAGUGCCACAGCUAAGUCCAAUUCAAGGCUGCUUCUUUCUGCAGCUUUGGAACUGAGCAAACGGGGCAGAUUGAAGCACCUUUUGUCUUAGGGACUUUGCAAUAAUAGGAUGACUCAGCUCUCAAAAUAGAAUUUGGAAUGGGCAUUACCUCAUCCACCAGCUUCCCAAGCCUCUGCCCAAGGAACAGGAAAUGUUGAAUCACUCGAUUCACAGAGUGGGUUCUGUUGACAAUGGUAAACCUUAAUGGGGGGUGGAUUUCAGUGGCCUCUUUUGCUGAGCCUUUAAUGAAUAACUGGCUUGGCUUUUGAAAGGCUUAUUCAUUGCAGCGAAAGUGUAUGUAGGUUAGCAGAAGUCUGGUCUUGACUGUUUGCGAUGGGCAUUUCCUCAUGCUUCUCAGUGUUUUGCAAAUGUUCCUGCAAAUAAGCCCACAAAGGCAAUUCGUCUACAUUAGUCAUCUGUAUUGGUGUCCUGAAGAGUCACCACUGGUUACCAGGCAAGUGGCUAUUUGCAAGGGUAUCCUUUGUCAUGUUUAUGAUCCUGAGAAGAGUUGAUAUACAUAGAAUCAUGGAACUGGAAAGGACUUCAAGGGUCAUCUAGAUGUGAAACUGACACACAGGGCUUCCAUGUUUCAACAUGUUAAGGCAUCUUUUCCCAACCCGGUGCCCUUCAGGUACAACAUGCGAAAGGCACUAGCUUAGGGAAGGCUGGAACCCGAAACUUCCCCCCAUCCCAGUCAGUUUCUUGUGAACAAUUGUUUAGUUGUGAACACAAACAAUUUGAGGGAAUGCUUGAAAUCAUCAUAGAAUUUCCAGCUAGCAAGGUUGGCCUGUCAUGUUUCAUAAAGCAUCUUGCAGAUGACAAAUUUUUGGAGGAGAGUGGGGGAUGGGCAAGAAACAUUGAGUGCUAAAAAUAGAGCUAGAGUUUUGUGUAACAUUUUUGCCCCCCCCCCCCAAUGAAUGGGGCAUGUUCUUGCCAUUGCAUUGUUUUAUACUAUUUGGAGGCCCCAUGAUCAUAUUAUAAAGUAGUUGUGUUCUGUGCUUUUAAAUCAAUCACUGCUAAGAGUUGUUCCUUUUCACUUUCCAAGGUAGAGUCAUACUUCGGGCUGAAGUAGCUUCGGGUUGAGCAUUUUUGGGUUGCACUCCGUGGCGACCCGGCACUAACAGAAUGCGUUACUUCCGGGUUUCGCCACUGGCACAUGCGCAGACGCUGAAAAUGAUGUCACGUGCAUGCACGGAAGCGGCGAAUCGCGACCCGCGCACGCACAGACGUGGGUUGCGUUCGCUUUAGGAUGCGAACGGGGCUCUGGAACACAUCCCAUUCGCAUCCAGAGGUACCACUGUAUUUCUUACCAAUUAAAACAAAUCUGUGUGGUGUGAGCAAAUUUUUAUUCUGAAAGUGUGACCCAGAGAAAAAGAAGUUUGAGAAUUCCUGCAUUAGACCUUGAAUGGCUUCUGUGAACCCAUCACUAUUUUGCUUCCAGAAAAUAGCACCAAUGAGCCAAUAAUGGUAAAAACGACGUUGGGAUGUUGGCAGAGCCAACUUUCUGCCUCUCCACCAGCAACAAGCCUCUUGAAGUAAGCUUGACAAAGGCCCAGUUUUGUGAAAAGCAAGGGCUACUUCAGGGAAGCUGCAAACAGUGCUAUUAAUAAACCAGCGCCAGGGCGAAUUGCGAGGGCUUCUGUCUGUUCCCACGGAACAUUGUGCUCUCCUGGCUCUUUGUGGUGACGUCAUGCUGGGCGCUCGGUGGCACUUCUGAUCAAUUUCACUUCCUCAGUUUAAUCCCUCUUACUGGAUUUUGACUCAGCAGUCACCCUUAUUUGGAGCAGGACAGACAUCCCCCUUUGGCUGCUGCUGGCUUCACCGUUCAACUCUCCCAGAAAUCCCUAUAAUUUUGCAUUUGUACAUUUUACACUGCUGAUGGAUACUCUUUUUUUGCAAUGGGUUGGGAGAGAAGGCAGUUACUUGCUCAAUGCAGAUUCGUGGGAACGGUGUCUCCUUGUUUUGAAGUGACCUCAGGAGAACCGUGUCGCUGGUAAAAUGUUAGUCACCAAGCAGUUCAUGAGAGGUUCCCUUCCAUAGAAGGGAAUCGGCAGGAUGAAACAUGGUUGCAGAUACUGCCAACGCUGAUACACACACACACACACACACACACACACACACACAGAAAUGUAGCUAAAAUGUAUUAAUUGGGGUGCGAGUGUCUUUAUUAUUUCAGCAUAUCUAAAAAUAGAUGUGUCACUAAUUAUUCGACUUUGCAGAUGGAUUAUUGGUUGGUUGUUUUUUAAAAAAAACUUCCAUUGUCCUAAAGUGUCUGUGACUGCCUUAUUAUUAUUAUUUAGAUUUAUACACCAUCCUUCAUCAUAAGAUCUCAGGGCGGUUCACAGAACAAAAUAUAGGAUAAAGACAAGUAAAUAAGUACAGUGGUACCUCGGGUUAAGUACUUAAUUCGUUCCGGAGGUCCAUUCUUAACCUGAAACUGUUCUUAACCUGAAGCACCACUUUAGCUAAUGGGGCCUCCUGCUGCCACCGUGCUGCCGGAGCACAAUUUCUGUUCUCAUCCUGAAGCAAAGUUCUUAACCCGAGGUACUAUUUCUGGGUUAGCAGAGUCUGUAACCUGAAGCGUAUGUAACCCGAGGUACCACUGUAGAACAAAGCAGGAAAAUCAACAACUUCCACCUUCCCAAAUACAUGUUUUAAGGGCUGUAGAAUAUUAAUCUGCCAUUUCUUCUGCACUUGAAACCUCCAGUAGCUUCAGGUUUGGGAAGUGGAAGUGGCUAUGGUAACAUUUACAAAGAAUCAGAAAGAUGUGCCAUCUCUGUAAAUAAGGAGAGCAUAGUGUGAUCAUAGCAACAUUUCAAGAAGUUCUGUGGCCGUUGUGUCCAAGGCAAGGGUGGAUCACUAUUGAAAUCUAAUAUGACGUUGACUGGAAUGAGCACAAGCUUUGGGGGGAAUUUUGUUAAGGCUUGACAUUGGAUGGCCAUUAGCUUUGAUCCCUUCUGGUUCAAACAGCCUGAUGGAUCAGUACUAUGCAAAGCCUACUUGAAGAUAACAUCCUUUGCAGAAUUCACAUGAGCUUUAUUCCAUGGCUCCCUCUCCAGAAAGCACAGAGAAGGCACUUUUUUUGGAAUGGUCUUCCAUUACAAUUUUGGGUGCCAGUUCUUUUCCUACCAUUAGGAGCACGUUGCGGGGUUCUGCACUGCUUUCUUCUUAUCUUCCAGCACAGUAAGAAUUACCACUGUUAUUUCCCCCCCUCCACACACUCUCUUAGAAAAGCAGCUGUCGAGUGGAAUUGUGCCAGCGUGUUUCCCUCUCUGCAGCUAAUAGCUGCUUUUGAUUAGAGACAUGGGGGAGAAUGUUAAAGGGCACCUCCUCCAGGCCAUAAAUCUCCCCCCCUCCCCAAAAUUCAAUUUGUAAGUCUACAGGGUGGCUGUUCCUCUGGAAAAGAAAAAAAAGAAACACUCUUAACAGUGUCUGCUGGAUUUUUCUGCUGUCAUUUAAACCUUUAGAUCAAAAAAGACUAAGAAACCCACGCCUCCUCCAGCCAAAGAUGGGAAGCCCAAGUUAACAAUUUUUGACGAAGAAGCUGUUCCCGAUGAAGGACUGUUUGGCUCAGCUAAAGGGUUUUCAUUCAGCGGCAGCAAGAGGAUAUUGGCAGCCGAAAAAAGUAAGUGUAUUUCUAGUCAGCUCCUUGAUGUGUGCUCUGAAAAUACGUGCCAGAGUUUCGCAAAGCUUAGUUGCAAAACUCCAAAUCGUUCUAUGCCAUCUUGGGCAUACCGUCAUUUAUUCCAAGAUGGAAAAUGCCUUAGUACGCUCAUUUAGAUAUGUGUGUUGACUCCAGUGGUUGAGUUGAGUUAAAAGCAAAGACCCCGAUCUCGAUCUUUUUCUCCCUAUGAGGGCUGCAUUCCCUUAGGGAUAUUCUUCCAGUGGCUACAGACCAGCAGUGGGGAGGACGCAUUCAGAAUCAAGCUGAAUGAGGUCAUCAGUGGUGACUUAUACCCAUUGGGUGGGAAGACAGGAAAGCCAAUAUUCCAUACCCUCCAACAUUUCUCUGAUUAAAAUAGGGGCAUAUUAUUAUUAUUAUUAUUUUACUUAAUACCCUGUCCAUCUGACUGGGUUGCCUCAGCCACUCUGGGUGGCUUCCAACAUAUAUAAGAAUAUCUUGUAACAUUAAACAUUUAAAAACUUCCCUGUCUUCUAAAGGUUGUAUAGUUACUUGUGGGUCUCAUAUCUCCAUAAAAAGGUAAAGGUAAAGGGGCCCCUGACCAUUAGGUCCGGUUGUGACCGACUCUGGGGUUGCGGCACUCAUCUCGCUUUAUGGGCCGAGGGAGCCGGCGUACAGCUUCCGAGUCAUGUGGCCAGCAUGACUAAGCCGCUUCUGGCGAACCAGAGCAGCGCACAGAAACACCGUUUACCUUCCCGCCGGAGCGGUACCUAUUUAACUACUUGCACUUUGAUGUGCUUUCGAACUGCUAGGUUGGCAGGAGCAAAGACCAAGCAAUGGAGCUCACCCCAUCGCGGGGAUUCGAACCGCCGACCUUCUGAUCGGCAAGUCCUAGGCUCUGUGGUUUAACCCACAGCGCUGCCUGCGUCCCCAACACUCCAACAUUUCUCAAAUGAAAAUAGGGACAUCGUAAGGAAAAAUGGGACAUUCCAGGAUCAAAUCAGAAACUGGGAUGGCUUCUAUAAAUCUGGGACUGGAAAACAGGGACACUUGGAGGAUCCGAUAUUCAGGCUACUGCUGUGUACAAGUCAAAUGUAGCUGUUAUCUCUUUGCUCAAUUAUCAGAUCUGAAAUUGUUUGAAGAUCCAGACCUUGGUGGAUUGGUGACUCUGGGUGACUCGCUGCUGUUGCCAACUGCCUGUGCAAGCACGGAACAUGCAUUAAGCGGUAGCCUUGAGGAGGACACCGAAGAGCUCUUGAGGUACGGUAUUAAUCUUGGAUGCAUCAGAAGUCGUAGCGUCUUCAGUGUUCCCUAGCUUUGCAGAGCAACAGACAUGUAGCAACUCCUAUGCUGGAAGGGUUCGCAUUCGGAAAUGUCAACAGGCUAAACGAUAGCCCGAGACCUUGAUUUUCAUUAUCUGUAAAUUGGUAUCUGAUCUAGCCCUUACUAAGAAUUUGUAUUUUUUUAACGCAUGAUGCAAAUAACUUGUAUAUGAAGCCUGAGCGUUGAGGUGUAUUCAGUGCUACGGUGUAUCCAACAAAGUUGUCCUUUUGGUGCAAGGACUUCCUCUUGUGUAAUGGGACUUUCCCCUUUUGUGCACCCUGUAAAUCUGCUCUGGAGGGGUUUGGGAACCCCCAAUGUAUUUGUGGGGCACAUGGUGCAAAGGGAGAAGGAGAGGAAGUUCUGUUGUACAAGUUGUUGGGUGAGCAGGAUAAGUUCACUGGAUGCCACCCUUAGGCCUCAGGAUUCAUAGUGAAUGAGGUAGUAUGCAACUUAGUUUUAUUCAGAGUUAAACCCAUUGGAAUCAAUGAACACGACUAAGUGAGGUCUAUUGAUUUCAGUGGGCCUACUCUGAGUAACAAUACCCAUUGUUAAUAGUUUUGACCAUUGUGGCACCAACCUUACUCAUCAUCUGUAGCACAACUCCUUAUGGUCAGUUUUGGCUUAGCAAUCAUUUGCAGGUUAAAGGCAUACAAUAACAUGAUUUAGAAUUUCAGGUGACUGGAAUAAAUUGCACACUUUAUUAGCAAUCCGGGAGAUUUUACAGACUCACAUUUCAUUAACUACAGGAAUGCACUUGCAUGCAAAAUGUCCAGGCCAAAAGUCAUGUUUUGAGUGAUUUUCCGAAAGCUUUAAUGAUUACUUACUAAUGUGAGUGGGGUGGGGGGUGGGGAAUCCACUGUGUGAGGUCCCUUGGAAUAUGUGAUUGUGGGCCUUCCUUUGUUUAUACAAAGAGUACUUUUAUUAACAAGUCACAUCAGCAACACCUACCUUAAUCUACUCGGAGGUAAAAAUUUAGUUGCACAUUGUGUCUUACGCACUGGCAACACAUUUGAUCUUCUAAGGCAUGAUGUCUUCAGGGCACAGCCUGAUUUUUACUGGAGUGGAAUAUUUGAGAAGGAAGAACACACACAGUCAUUAACUGCCAUCUAUUGUUUUUCUUCUGUCUCACCCCAGUAAUCAAAGAUAGACAUUUUGUCUGUAUGGGCAAAACACCACCUUAUGCAACCUUUGAAUUAAACAUAAACCACUGCAAACAGCUUCUUCAUCUGUCAGAUGAAUAUGCAUCACAUUAUACUGAUUCUUCCAGCUUGAUAAAGUAAGAAAAAGGCCACUCUGGGCGGCUUCCAAAACAUAUAGAAACUUAGGUGCCAUCUUGUGUCGAAUAUUGUGGGUGCCCUCAAUGAAAGGCUUCAACUUUGCCCAUUGACUUGGGGGGGGGCAGCCCCCAUAAAUAUAUUAUUGUGGGCGCCGAAGCAGUUGGCUCCAGUGUAUAGAAAUUUAAGAAAACAUCAGACAUUAAAAACAUUCUGAUACAGGGCUGCCUUCAGAUUUCUUCUAAAAGUUGUGUAGUUCUUUAUCUCCUUGAUAUCUGGUGGGAGGGUGUUCCACAGGGAGGGCACCACUACUGAGAAGGCCUUCUGCCUAGUUCCCUGUAACUUCUCUUCUCGCAACGAUGAAACCGCCAGAAGGCCUCCGAGGAGAUGAACCUCGGAGCUGAGCGAUGGGGGUGGAGAUGUUCCUUCAGGUAUACAGGGCCAAGGCUGUUUUUAGGGCAAUAAAAGCCAGGACCAACACUUUGAAUUGUGCUUGGAAAUGUACUGGGAGCCAGUGAAGAUCCUUUAGGACUGGUGUUAUAUAGUCCUGGCGGCCACUUCCAGUCACCAGUUUGGCAGCCACAUUCUGGUUUAGUUGUAGUUUCUGAGUCAACUUCAAAGGUAGCCUCACGUAAAACACAUUGCAGUAAUCCAAGAGGGAGAUACCAGAGCAUGUACCACUCUGGCAAGACAGUCUGGGGGCAGGUAGGGUCUCAGUUGGCAGACCAGAUAGAGUUAGUAGACAGCUGUCCUGGACCUGUGCCUCCAUGGAGAACCGUGAGUCCAAAAUGACUCCCAGGCUGCACAUCUGGUCCUUCAGGGGCACAGUUACCCCAUUCAGGACCAGGGAGUCCCCCACAUCCGCCUACCCCUUGUCCACUAAAAACAUUACUUCUGUCUUGUCGGGAUUCAACCUCAUCCAUCAUUAUGCAGAAUAGGGAAACUUGUGGUGUAGAUUAGAACCACUCUUUUUUUCCCUGAUCCCUGAGGUGUGACCGUUUGGUAUUUUCUUACGACAAAUAUAAUUGUUUCUUGCUCUCUUUUCAAAUGGUGGUGGAGAUGCUGAAUCUUUGGAACUGGCAUGGCAACCAACUUCUUGUUUCUAGCUUAUUUGACCUAAUUAGAAAGUGCCAAUGUUUUCCAUGCAAACCCAGCUGCUAUUAAACCAUCACAGUAUUAUGACAAGAAGUUCUAACACAUGCUUUCCUUUUUUAAACCAAACUUAACAUAUUUAAAUUUAAAAAUAGAAUGUGGGUUUCUGUGCUCUUUAUAAACCUUUAAAAUUAAAAAUAGACAGCAAACACCCAUGUUUCUUUAUAAUGCUUAUAAACAACGAGAUACACUUUUUGUUUCUAUUUCUUAAACUUUUCAGAUACAGUGGUACCUCGGGUUACAAACGCUCCAGGUUACAAAUGCUUCAGGUUACAGACUCUGCUAACCCAGAAGUAGUACCAUGGGUUAAGAACUUUACCUCAGGAUGAGAACAGAAAUUGUGCGGUGGCAGCAGGAGGCCCCAUUAGCUAAAGUGGUACCUCAGGUUAAGAACAGUUUCAGGUUAAGAACGGACCUCUGGAAUGAAUUAAGUACUUAACCUGAGGUACCACUGUAACUGCUUUGCCAUUUGUGUUCUAUGCAUAAAAUAUCAGAAAACAUUGUUCUCUAUUGGCCUGGGUCUGAUGUACCUCAUUCUUUCAUAGGAGUCACGAGUUGUAUCCAAAGUAGUGCUAAGUGUAAUGGAAAACUUUCCCCCUCAUACCCCUCAAUCUGUUCUUUCUUCUCAACCCUCUGGAGCGGAUUUGGGGAAGGUGGGGGUGGGGAGAGAGGAGAAACACUGGUGGAUUUUGGAGUCUCAAAUUUCAGUGGCACCGUGCGUGUUGCCAAAAUUUAGUGCCUCUCACUUUCCGUUCUACACCAUUGUUACAGCCCGGGCCUUUUUUCAGCCAGAGCUCACAGCUCUGGCACCUCUCUGGUGGGUGCCAUUGCCAUUCUAAGAGAACAAAGGAGAAGUUCGUGGUGAGCCCUGACACCUCUUUUUCUAGGAAAAUAGCACUGGUUACAAUGUCUCCAAGCCUCUGCACACAGUGUGACCAAACUGAAAUCUGCACCUUGGAGAAGGUCCUUUGCACAAGCAGAAAUCCUUCUGUGGAUAGAUUGAGGGCACUGGAAAUAAGCCAAUUAUUUUUCGGGGUUUACGUGAUAAAGUGAAGCUUGCGUGAAAGGUCUAACGUAGCAGCAGUACUCUUGUUCUGCCUGGCCUUUGGCUUGGAAUCAACCUAAUCCCCUACCCCUCUAUCCUUUUUCCUUUCUCCUUCUGUGAUGGAAAUCCUAUUUGAGGACUUACUUGGCCUUUUCCAGGCCCACGUAGGACCAGUCUGGAUAGUUGGCCUUGGUGUAGAUAUGACGUUUUCAUCCCCAAAAAGUUUUUGAUUUGAGUUUCUACUGAAAUGAGGCUGCAUUUUAAUGUCAUAUUUUAAUCUUGUUUUUAAGUUGUAUUUUAAUCAAUUGUUUUAUACCUGGUGUUAGCCUCCCUGAGCCCAGUUGUGGCUGGGGAGGGUGGGGUAUAAAUAAAAUUUAUAUUAUCAUUAUUAUUAUUAUUUGUUGGUAAGGUUUUGAAGUAGAAGUUUCAUCUUUAACCUAAAAAUAAAUAUUCCCUCCCAAUCGGAAUAAGAUUUGCUUCACGUCUUUGAACUUGUUCUUCCUCCUCAGAGUGGAAGAGGAUUUUGAGAAGAUGUGGAAACUAAGCUCCAAGCCCAAGCUACCACCUAAGCCAGCGUUACCAAAGAAGCCAGCAGUAACUGAUGCAAAACCCCCAUUCUCCUCAGCCCCCAAAACAAAGCCAACUGAAGUAAAGGCUCAGACCAUGGGCGAAGUUGAUAUCCUCCAGUACAUUCAAGAAAACGAAUCUACCAGCAGUGAAGAACCAAGCCUGUUCUGA